AUGACUAGUGGAUGCCUUUUCAUGCCUCAGGUUCUCCAUCUCACCACAUCAUCGACUGGCUCUCGUUGCAUCCACUCACUCACUAACUCCGCCUCAAUUCAGUCCACGGAUAUCGACUCCGGUCUGAACACGCGGCUUCUAAAAGUAUUCAUUAAUCGGUUCACGCUCUUCUCUCUUCCCUCAACCUCCCCAAUUCAUCUCCUCAUUCCCUUCCUCCGCUGGACCUUACUUUGUACAUUCCAUCUGCUCAAGGGCCUCGGAUCAUUUGCUCUUCCCCUCUCCCUUGCUCCGCCGCCGGCUUCUUCUGCUGCCUGUGCGCCUGCGCCAUCGUCGGGGUGGAUCCCAGCCGUCAGAACGAUAGUGCCGCGUAGUCACCUCCUAGUCGCCACGGGGACCCCGUCCCCUACAGCUAUCGCGGCUCAAUAA